AUGAAAUGGGCUACUCGAAUCUAGUGCUACAAACAAAAACCAAAACAAAAGUUUGGAUUGGGGAUUCUCUUGUCACCUUUGUCGCGUAGCGAAAGCAGCGGAUGCACAAACAUUAAACGUGCUGCUUUGCAUAACAACAAACUUAAAGUCACGAACGCUUGCGCUGGUAAACAGUGCGCUAAAAGGACGAUAAAAUUUGAAUUAAAUUCGAAUUAAAUUUGCAGAAGCGAAAGAGUGAAGUUUGAAUCCAGCUGACAAUCCGAGCGCAGCCAGGACCGCGCGAGUCGCGUGACGGCGUUCGAAAAUGUCAAAAUCCGUCCCUCCUGUUGCGGCUGCUUCCACCGUUCCCGCAACUGCUGCUACGACGGUCGCUGUAAGUACAACCGGUACAACUACAGUUACUAGAAUGGCUGCAGCCACGGCUAAGGAUGUUGUCACCGCAGCGACCGCAAAUUCUACCGUGGCAACUGCGCCGCGAGUUCCGCGCGCCGUUUUUCACCAGCUUUGCCCCAACGCCACUCCCAUUGCCACGGCAGCGACUUCAGCGCCUGGUGCUGUGGCCACAGCGUCUGAAAUUCCUACAUGUGAAUCUGCCAAAUCUGCUACGCCACCGUCGACUGCUAGAGUUGCUACGUCCUCAGCAAAUGUUCGGUCAACUACAACUGUGUCGACUGCUUCGACCGUUCCGUCUGCUACACCUGCUACGCCGUCUGCUACUGCAACGGCCUCCAGUACUCAAAGAGACCUUUCCCCGUACCGUUACCAAACGUCAUUCAAACAUGUUCUCUUCGGACGGAGAGCACGGCAGGUCGUGAUGAACGUCUAUUCCCGCCUUAGAAUAGAAUGUCCGCACGCGUCGUACAACGAUAUUGUGAAGCAGACGACGCACCUCACCGGAGUAUCGCACAGCACCAUAUUUAGCUGGAAAAAGAUUGUGGACCCCAUCGAUGAUGAUAUGAAGUCGCCACCGAAGAUGAGGCGCCGCCGCAAAAAUGCCUCGUCAUCCCCCUUGAAGGGUUCCAAAAUAGGCACGAAAGAGUCGCGCGAAAAGGAGCUAGGUGCGGAGCAACAGGCCGUACCAAAGAAAGUACGACGAAGGAAGGCCCUGUCUUUGGAUGGUACAGAAGCCUACCAAGUAGCCGUCCCGCCAGCCAAGUCAGCAAAGGUUCAGCAGAACAAACCUGCUGCCUCAAACAACGAGGGGAGCCAAGUAGCCACACGAUCCGCGAGAGCUACAAAGACUGAACUCAAGAAAGUAAAUCCUGUAGAGCGUCCAUCUAGUCAAGAGACCACUCAAUUCGUCCAACACAGCUAUCGUCGACUCAAUCAGACUACAUACCAGACUGACCGGGGAACCGCAAUAUCCUCAGAACCUUGGAAGAGUCGUAUUAUGCGGCGAGCCAAUAUGGAACAAGCUGACCAGUUAGCCAUGACAUAUGCCAAACCUUGGAGUAGUCAAUCAAAUCAAGUCAUUCAUUAUGAACAACCAAAUCAAGCAAGCACACAGACUUGCAAACAAGGGGAAAGAGGCCCAUUCGGCCAAUCCGUUCCUUGCGAACAACCAACAAAUCAAGCUAAUGUACUGGCUGCAGUUUCUGUAAGAGAUCCAUGCAAUGAGCCUUUACAUUGUGACCAACAGACUAAUCCGGUGGGCACACAUGCAGAACCGAAGGCACCGAAUCAGUGCCAGGUAUGGUGGACCACAAAGUGAGAAGAUCAGACAAACUUUGUAAGUUACAGCAGCUUAAUAUUUAUUUUUUUUUCCCCUCAAGUGCCUUUUUUGUUGUGCAAUUCUUUUGUCAGAGCUAGGAGCUCUGACACACAACACUUUCAUGUUUGCUUGAACGAAGAUACCAGCCAUCUGUGCCAGGGCAUUAGCUGGUGCUUUGCUAUGCCACCUGGGAUGUUCCAUCUAAUUUGCAAAAAGGGGAGUAAAACUCCCAUUCUGUUGUUGUGAACAGGAUAUUGACUAAAGAACACAAAAUGGGAUUAUCCGAUUUUCUUAUCUUGGAGUCGUUUUGCCUGCAUUUUUUGCUUUUUAUCCAAAGGAUAAGGUCGUGACCUUAUACUCUGCAUCAACUAUUUUGCGCUUGUUGUCAAGGUUAGUGUAGCUUCUACUGUGCUUCAACGCUUUCAAAGCUACUUGCACAAGUGCAUGCGAACGCAAGAAGUAGUCAUGUGCACAUGCUGUCGUAGCAGUGCAUGGCUACAGCACUGUAGAAGCUAUGCUAGCCUUAGGAACUUAACGCAAAGUAGUCGAUGCCAAGUAUAGAUCUCCAUUUCACAACCGAGUGGUACUUAUGUUUCCCGAAAUCACCCGUCCUCUGGAAUUAACAAAGUAAUAAGUAAAAAUAAAGAUUUCUUUGCUUUAAAACCAUCACACAUUGCUUAUUUAUUGAGUUUGAUUUUGUCAGUGAUGAUUGAAAAUUUUAUCACACUGCCCCAUAAUCUUCACUUUGACUCCCAUGACCCCAGCUACUAGGAGUUGACUGCGCGGAGCAAAGGUCACGGGAGUCACGAUGUGGUACUUCAUUGUU